AUCAUGAAAAUCUGACAGUACGGUGUGUGCGUGAAAAUAUUUUGUUUGGGAUACGUGUACGCAUUGUAACGCUUGUAACGUUUCUCGAGUUUCCCGACGAUAGAUUUAUAAAAAAAUUGCGCAGUAGAUUUAAUUACACGAAGAUGUCAAGCAUCACGAUAUCAGCCAUAAGGCCGCGGACCGGGAUUCUCGACAAAUCCUUAAGCAAGGGCAAAGGGGAGGUUAGCCUGAGCUGCUUCGCCCUCUUGUUCUCCGAGCUGGUGCAGUAUUGUCAGAACAGAGUCUACACGGUUCCGGAGCUGCAAAAUAAAUUGGCGGAGAUCGGAGCGGAGGUCGGGCACAGGAUAACGGAUCUGCUCGUGGUGCGCGAGAAGGGUGGCAAGCGCGAGAUAAAACUGCUCAACGUGCUGCUGUUCAUCAAGAGCACGGUGUGGAAGUCCCUGUUCGGCCGCGAGGCCGACAAGCUGGAGCACGCCAACGACGACGAGCGUACCUACUACAUCAUCGAGAAGGAGUCCCUGGUCAACAGAUUUGUGUCGGUGCCCAAGGAUAAGGGUAGCCUCAACUGCGCGUCCUUCGUCGCCGGCAUCGUCGAGGCUGUGCUUUGCGACUGCGGCUUUCCCGCCAAGGUAACGGCACACUGGCACAAAGGAACGACGUAUAUGGUUAAAUUCGACGACGCCGUUGUCGCGCGUGACAAGCAACUGGACGACCGGUAAUAGAAAGAGAAUUGAAACGUUACUCUUUCUAUAAAUAUAAAGAGAAAAUAGGUAUCUAUACACAAAGUUUAUCAAUUAUCGUGAUAAAUCCAUAAAGUCUUUAAUUAUAUAUAAUUAAAUCCAUGUUUUGUACGUGUGUAUCUUUUAUAUUUGAGACUGGUAUCUCUUUUCAUCGAAAUUUCAUGUAACUACACGUUCGCAAAAACCCGCAGUUUUUUUUUCUUUGCCAGUCUUAUUUCUUCUAACGACAUACAUGGUAUUCAACAUUUAUAUAUGUAUAUAUACACAUAUAUUAUAUAAAUAUAUUAUAAGUAGGAAAAAAUUGCAUUUUCUCUGAAAUAAAUAAAAUUUUUUAUGUUCAAGAUAUAUGGAACUUUUAAGAUUUAAAGAAACUUUAUGGAAACUUUUCAGAUUUUAAGUGUAUCGCUUGUUGUAAGUUUAUUUCUGUACAAUCUAGUAGUAUUUAAGUUAGGUACAUCGACUGCUGUGUACUUUGUUAAAAUAAUUAUCUAACAGAA